UUCACAGCACAGCUGUGACUGAGUGUGAACAACUCACAACACAACUUAUGCAGGCAGUGUCAGUGUGAUCUCGACUCAGAAUAGUGCCCAGAGAAAUCAUCUGCAUCUGCUAACCUGUUUAGCUGUAUUUUUAUCCUGCGCUUUGAUGUGUGGUGAGCUGCUGAUCAUUGUUGGAAGUCAACAGAUGCAAUGCCACUUUACAGAUUUCAUGAAAACCAUGGGGUUAAUGUGCGGCGCAGCGAGGAUGGUGAGGUUGCCAAGCGUACCUCCAGCUUUGCUAAUGCAAUCACUUUCAGUGAGAACUCCAUCCAACCUGGAGAGAUAUUCAUGGUAGAGGUUGAUGAACAAGAAUCUGGAUGGAGUGGACAUCUCAGGUGUGGACUGACACAGCAUUGCCCUUCCAGAAUGGCAGCACUCGCUCCUGGUGAUGCCAUUGGGCCGGCUGAAGCGAUAGGAGAUGUCAUUCGUAUUCCUCAGUACUCCAUGCCAGAUCUGACUAGCAUGGGCAAAUCAUGGAUCUUUGCAAUCACGAAGCAUCACAAUAAAGUGCCGCGCACAAUACAGGAUGAUGACGAAGAGCAGAUGGAAGCGAGCUCUUUCAUCCAGAACUUCGGGAAUGCCCUUCAAGUCGGUAACAAGAUCCUGCCCCAAUCUCUCCUGGUCAAAGACUUCUGUCACAUAGACUUGGAAACCCCUGGUCAUUCUCUGUACAAGAAUGGCAAGCAGUUCUUGGCUACAUCGAUAGGUAGUAGAAUCGGCAUUACGUAUGAGAUACAGACAAUUUCACCCAAUGAACAAAGGGCAAACAUGCAUCUUAUCAUUAAUGGGGAAGAUCAGGGCUCAUCUCCAAUGGACAAUGCAGACUUGGAAAGCCCAUUUUAUGCCAUAGUGGAUGUCUAUGGAACUACUAAACAAGUCAGAAUAGUUCAGCUGAAUUAUGUUCCCACUCUUCAGGAGUGCUGUCGGAUGAGAAUACGAACCUGCAUCAAGGAGAACCAGGUGGCUAGACUACCCCUUCCUGCAAAGCUCAAACGCUUCCUAAGAUUUGAACCAAUGUAAUGUGAACUCAUUGCUAAGAGGUAAAAGGUCAAACACACUUCAGGGCAGGAUGGACUUGCUUGCUUCAGGACCCUGUUACUGGACACUAGUUUUACCAUAAAUUGUAUCUUUCUUCAGUUGCUUUCUUGGUUUAUUAAUAAUACUCAAUAGCCAAUCAAAAUCAUCAUUAUUUCCAUGCAAAUAACUGAACCUGUAGAUGGCUAUAAAGCCAUGUUUGUAAGUAUAUUGCAACAGGUGCUCAUCCCCCCAAAUGUUCAUGGUUUUAGGCAUUUGUCUAAUAAUUUGGGUAGUUGUAGGUCCAUGGUUAUGACAUGGCAUAGUAAUAUAUUUUAUUUUCCCAAUGUAUGGGGGUGAUUUUGAAACAUUGUGCAAUCAACUGGUUACUAAGCAGUAUGGAAAACAUACAUUGACAGUAGCUGACUCGCCUGUCUGGCUACAUGUAACAUUUGAUAAUAGUUUACACUUGAGUUUACUUUCUGAGCCAGAACCAUAGAGUGACCAAACCAAAACAAUGGCCAUGGGUUCACUUGACCUUUUCUUAUGUUCUAGCUGUAAAGUUUCAUGUGUCAACUAUUUUCAAAAGAUGUUGACUUGGUCAGUAGCCCUCUUAUGUGACACUGAGUGAGGGUCCUGUACGUUGUUUAACCUUCAACAUGUAUGGGAUGCUAAAACUAUGUUCGUUAUCAUAUUUACUGUAGUCAUGUUUCCCAAGCAAUAACCCCAAAAUAUGGUAAGUUUUCAGCCUUCUUUUGGCACUUCUGUGAUGGCCUAGUUUCAGCCGUGGUCGAUCCUAGCCAUUUGUGGUGACUUUGUUGCACAAUGUAAUAGCAAUUUUGCACGCUAGGUACAGUAUGUUGCAUUUUUUGUAAACUCAACUGUCAAAUCGAUUGCAGUGCUCAUGGCUUGGUAACCACAUUCAGUUUUUGUUAUAUUUUCAUCUUACUUUAUGAUUUAAUCUUUCAUUCUAUCAUGACCUCAGGGGUGUUUCACAGAGAUUUAAGAGUGACUUUAGAGUUGUGCUUAACCUCCUAUUUGCAUGCGGUUUAAAAGGCAUCAUCGCAUUGGUCAAAUUAUGCUAAGACGUGCUGCUGUGUAUUAUUAAGAUAUUACGGUGUUACACAACAUGUGGGCAUCUGCACUAAGCUUGACUUUCUGUCACUUUAAAUCUUUUUGAACCCCCUCCCCUGGUCAAACAUUUGUAAAGCUGCAUUAUUUUGAUAGAAUCAGUCGAAAUGAUAGUGUUUUUGGUUUAGAAUUCUAUUUUUUGACCAUAGAUGUAGGCCUACUUUAUACUAAAUAAUUUUCAAAAAAUCAAUUGUUUUGUACAGGGCUGCUUUUAAUAUAAAAUUCCUUACAUUUCCAUAUAAUGUGCAGGGAAUCUUUUCCCUGGCCUGAGAUGUGUUUCCUUCCUUUUGAUAGAGAAAGGAUGAUUAUUUGAGGAAGCUAAUAGUUUUGAAGCUGCCUAUAUUGUGAUCUAUUUAUUUGCUAGAAAAGAUAUAUUUUUAUCUUCCCGAAGAGAAACAAUUUAUGUACAUGUAAAUAGACAUGUGUGAUAAUGAAAUCAUUAGCAAUGUAUACUGUAAUGGAAUGCUGUCAUUAUCAAGCAUCACAGAUGGUUGUUGACCUGUGGUGUGCAGUGAUUACUUGUUCAGCCAGGCAUAAUUUUAUGCUGUUUAAGAAGCUAAUUUAGACUCGGAGUCUAUUCAAUAUUCAUCAUCUUCUUUUAAAAUAGAUCUUGUGCUUAAUAAAUCAAGAUCACCAACUCAGUGUUCAAUACAAUGUAAUUUCUUUUUUUAAGCUUGGUUAUUGCAAUCAGUAAGAUGCAUGAUGCUCAAAUGCAUUCAUAUUUUGCUCGUAAUUGUUGUUAUC